AUGAAGCGCGCAUCCGUCGUUGUUGCCAAGAGAAGGGCUUCAUCUGGGACGCGCAACUGCUCCACCCUGAGUGAGAGAAGGGGAUAUGUGCGCACACCUGCUUUCACUUUGAGGUCCCUUGUUGCGAAAGGGGCAUUGGCGUGUUUGGGAUGGAAGAUUGGUAUCUGGUUAGCCAGCCUCCGAUUCGAUUCAGGAUGGGAGGAAGCUGUACAGCGUCAUGUGACAGUGGAAAACAAUAUGCGUAUGGAGAAAGAACGUCUGGAAGCCUCCCGAAUCCAGCUGCGAGAGUACAUGGAGAAAUGUGGUGCGGCACGGACAAGGAAGAAGAAGGAAUAA